CCUUUUUUGUGUUUUCCGGGAAAAAGCAAAAAGAUGGGUUCUCUUCAUCUUCUUGGCAUCUCGGUCUCCGCCAUUUUCUUUCUUGUUGUUCUUCUGUUCCUUCAACAACCAGAACAAUCUUCUUCAGCCAUUAUACUGAGCUUGAAGAAACGCCAUGGAAGCUCAGGUAGCAGUAGUAGUGGUAACCAGUACAGCUCGAGCAGACCAUCAGCUGGUUUCCAAGGGAACAGGAGCACUUGCACUCUCUUCCUCGGCACCUGGGUUCGUGACAACUCUUAUCCUCUCUAUAAACCUGCGGAUUGUCCCAAGAUCGUCGAGCCUGAGUUCGAUUGCCAGAUGUACGGUCGUCCCGACUCUGACUACCUCAAGUAUCGAUGGCAGCCUCAGAAUUGCAAUUUACCCACGUUCAAUGGUGCUGAGUUUCUGUCGAAAAUGAAGGGCAAAACCAUAAUGUUUGCGGGUGAUUCAUUGGGGAAGAAUCAGUGGGAGUCUCUGAUCUGCCUCAUUAUGUCAUCUGCACCCUCCACUCAGAUCGAAAUGAGGAGAGGCCUCCCCCUCUCCAUCUUCAAAUUCUUGGACUAUGGGAUAACCAUGUCGUUUUACAAAGCUCCGUUCUUGGUGGAUAUAGACUCUGUUCAAGGCAAGCGAGUGUUGAAACUGGAUGAGAUCUCUGGCAAUGCAAAUGCGUGGCACGAUGCUGAUCUCCUCAUCUUCAACACCGGUCACUGGUGGAGCCACACUGGAAAUAUGCAAGGAUGGGACUUGAUUCAAUCAGGCAAUACUUAUUACCAAGACAUGGACCGUUUCGUCGCAAUGGAGAAAGCACUUCGUACUUGGGCAUAUUGGGUCGAAACCCACGUUGAUAGAUCCCGAACCCAAGUCUUCUUCCUCUCCAUUUCUCCAACACACGACAACCCGAGUGACUGGGCGGCAUCAUCGUCUUCGGGAUCCAAGAACUGCUACGGAGAAACAGAACCGAUCACAGGAGCAGCUUACCCAGUGAGUUCAUACUCAGAUCAGCUAAGAUCAGUGAUCGUUGAAGUGCUACACGGAAUGCACAAUCCGGCUUUUCUUCUCGACAUAACACUCCUCUCUUCCCUCAGAAAAGACGGUCAUCCGUCUGUAUACAGCGGUCUCAUUAGCGGUUCACAGAGGGCUAGACCGGACCAGUCAGAUUGUAGCCAUUGGUGUUUGCCUGGUCUACCUGAUACGUGGAAUCAGUUAUUGUAUACCAUUCUCUUCUAUUAGCCCGUUUCUAAUCUUCUUCCAUCAUAUUAUUUUCGGUUAGUAAUAUUUUAACACAUUGGAAGAGAAUCUUUACGAUUAAGGAGGCAGUCAAUUGUAUAAACUUUUGAGGAAAUUUUCUUUCUAAUGAUUUAUAAUUUUAAUUUCA